AUGAACGAUUCGGCCAGUCCUUUUGGCAAUCAGCACGCAUUGCCACCUGUGCGUGAUGCGACGCCAUUGCAGACGGAGGAGGUGCUAGAUCGUGCGGACGGUACCAGCCGCUUCGAUAUUCGGCGCAUCAAGAAUGUGUUCCGGCGCAACCGCGCGCGUGCGCAUGACGACGGCCCGCGCGUCGUGGCAGUGAACGACUCCGCCGCGUGCGCUGCGUAUGGCUACUACGGCAACCACAUCUCCACUACCAAGUACAACCUUGCGACGUUUGUGCCGAAGUUUUUGUUUGAGCAAUUCUCCAAGUACGCAAACUUGUUCUUCCUCUUCACGUCGGUUAUUCAACAGGUACCAAACGUUUCGCCGACAAACAGAUAUACAACUAUCGGAACUCUCUCCGUCGUGUUGCUUGUGUCGGCGGUGAAGGAGAUCUCUGAGGAUCUCAAGCGUGCGACGGCAGACAAGGAGCUCAAUUCCUCUAGGAUCGAGAUUUUCCGCGGUACUGACUUUGUGACAAAGAAGUGGAUCGAGGUCAGGGUAGGUGAUGUUGUCAGGGUCAGAAGCGAGCAGCCGUUCCCAGCAGACAUCAUUCUUCUAUCUUCGUCUGAACCGGAGGGAUUGUGCUACAUCGAGACCGCUAAUCUUGACGGUGAAACAAACUUGAAGAUCAAACAGGGGAGAGAAGAGACCGCUGACUUGGUUGACCCCCACAGCUUGAUUGGCUUAACCGGAAAGAUUAUGAGUGAAAAGCCCAACUCCAGUUUGUAUACGUACGAGGGGACGUUGACGUUGAAUGGCCGGGAGAUCCCAUUGGCCCCUGACCAGCUCUUGUUGCGGGGUGCGACAUUGCGUAACACCGCGUGGAUACACGGUGUUGUGGUGUUUACUGGCCAUGAAACGAAGUUGAUGAGGAACGCGACCGCUACGCCUAUUAAGCAAACUGAUGUCGAACGUAUCAUCAACCUCCAGAUCGUUGCAUUGUUCGGCAUCCUCAUAAUAUUGUCUCUCAUUUCUUCCCUCGGUAACGUCAUCAAAAUCUCUGUCAGCGCGGACAGCUUGGGCUACCUCUAUCUUGAGGGUACCAACAAGGUCCUGUUGUUCUUCAAAGACAUCCUCACCUACUGGAUUUUGUUUUCUAACCUUGUGCCAAUCUCUAUGUUUGUGACCGUCGAGAUCAUUAAGUUCUACCAGGCGUACAUGAUUGGGUCUGAUUUGGACAUGUACUUUGCGGAUACCGACACCCCAACCGUCUGUCGUACUUCCUCCUUGGUGGAGGAGCUCGGCCAGAUUGAGUAUAUUUUCAGCGACAAAACCGGAACAUUGACCCGAAACAUCAUGGAGUUCUUUUCGUGUUCUAUUGCCGGGAGAUGCUACACUGAGGUAAUCCCUGAAGACAAAAAUGCAACAAUGAUUGACGGAGUUGAGGUAGGCUUCCAUACCUUCCAGACCUUAUUGGACGACCAUUUGGUGAGCGGCCCUAAUAGACAGGUGAUUGACGAAUUCCUCACGCUUUUGGCGGCCUGCCACACGGUCAUUCCAGAAGUCAAGGAUGACGGGACCAUCAAGUACCAGGCGGCUUCGCCUGAUGAAGGGGCGUUGGUGGACGGGGCGGCCAGUUUGCGGUAUAAGUUUACCGUCAGAAAGCCAAAAUCGAUCACCUUGGAGAACCCAAGCGGGACCCUUUUGACCUACGAAUUGCUCAACAUUUGUGAGUUCAACUCCACCAGAAAACGUAUGAGUGCUAUCUACCGCUGUCCAGACGGAACCAUCAGACUCUACUGUAAGGGCGCUGAUACAGUUAUCUUGGAGCGUUUAUCCGAAGAAGGCGGGCUCUACGUGGACGACACGCUCAGACACUUGGAGGAAUUCGCUUCGGACGGUUUACGCACUUUGUGUCUUGCAACACGUGUGAUCCCCGAGGCGGAGUACCACUCAUGGGCGGAGGCGCAUGCGCGCGCGGCAACCACGUUGGACGGACGCGCCGAUGCGCUCGACGCGUGCGCGGAAAUAAUCGAGCGCGACUUGUUCUUGCUUGGUGCGACCGCCAUCGAAGAUAAGCUCCAGGACGGGGUUCCUGAGACUAUCCACACGCUCCAGGAGGCCGGGAUCAAGAUCUGGGUCCUCACUGGUGACAGACAGGAAACCGCUGUCAACAUCGGGAUGUCGUGCAAGUUGCUCAGCGAGGACAUGAACUUGUUGAUUGUGAACGAGGAAACGAAAGAGGCGGUGAAGGAGAAUCUCGUGAGCAAGCUCCAGGCGAUCAACUCGCACCAGAUUUCCGAACAAGAGAUUGACACGCUUGCAUUGGUGAUUGACGGGAAGUCCUUGGGCUUUGCGUUGGAGGCUGACCUCGAGGACUACCUAAUCGAGAUUGGGACCAAGUGCAAGGCGGUGAUUUGCUGCCGUGUGUCGCCCUUGCAAAAGGCGUUGGUGGUGAAGAUGGUGAAGCGGAAGAGGAAGGCGUUGCUUUUGGCCAUCGGUGACGGUGCCAACGAUGUCAGCAUGAUCCAGGCGGCGCAUGUGGGGGUGGGCAUCAGUGGGAUGGAAGGGAUGCAGGCCGCCAGAUCGGCGGAUGUCGCCAUUGGCCAGUUCAAGUACCUCCGCAAGUUGCUUUUGGUGCACGGCAGUUGGUCGUACCAGCGUAUUUCUCAGGCCAUUCUCUACUCCUUCUACAAGAACAUUAUUCUUUACAUGACCCAGUUUUGGUUUGUCUUCAUCAACUGCUUCUCUGGGCAGUCGCUCAUGGAGUCAUGGACGCUCACUUUCUACAACGUGUUCUUCACGGUGUUGCCGCCGUUUGUGUUGGGUGUGUUUGACCAGUUUGUCAGCGCGCGCCACCUCGACCGUUACCCGCAGUUGUACCAGUUAGGCCAGAAAAAGCGGUUCUUUAACGUAACCAUCUUCUGGAGCUGGAUCAUCAACGGGUUUUACCACUCUGCUGUGAUCUAUAUCUGCGCCAUCUACAUCUAUAAAUACGAAAACACCUUGGCAGGGGGCAAUAUGAGCGACCAUUGGUCCUGGGGAGUUGCUAUUUACACCACAUGCACACUCACGGCGUUGGGUAAGGCAGCUUUGAUCUCCAACAUGUGGACCAAGUACACACUCAUUGCGAUUCCUGGCUCUUUUGCAUUCUGGAUUCUCUUCUUCCCAGCCUACGCGGUAAUUGCGCCGUUAGUGAACGUUUCACAGGAGUAUAAGGGCGUGUUGCCGGCCACCUACGGCUCCUUGACCUUCUGGGCAAUGGUGUUCUGUUUGCCGGUAUUGUGCUUGAUGAGAGAUUUGUUGUGGAAGUACUACAAGCGGAUGUACCGCGCCGAGUCGUACCACCACGUCCAAGAGAUUCAAAAGUAUAAUAUUGCGGACUACAGGCCGAGAAUGGAGCAGUUCCAAAAUGCUAUCAGAAAGGUGAGGCAGGUGCAGCGGAUGAGAAAGCAGAGAGGGUUUGCGUUCUCGCAAGCGGAAGAGGGCCAGGAGAAGAUCGUGCGGAUGUACGAUACCACGCAGAAGAGAGGGGAGUUUGGGGAGAUGCGCGAGGCACACUAA